UACAAUGCAAUACGAUGGCCGCCGCCUCUGCUGACCAUUGAAAACAGGGGAAGCGGUGAACGGGUUUGGGGGUGAAUCUGCGCAAAAUGGCUCGGCUGGUGCUGGCGAAGUAUCUGAUCUUCAUCGCGAGCUUGUAUUCGUGUUUAUCAGACGACGACCAUGAAAUGGAGGAGUUUUUAAAGAGGGAAUAUUCACUGUCGAAGCCGUACCAAGCUAUUGGUGUGUCUGGCUCUUCUCACUGGGAGCUGAUGGGAGAUACCAUGGUAACUACUGAUCAUGUUCGUCUGACUCCUGAUGUGCAGAGCAAGCAGGGGGCAGUGUGGAGCCGCAUACCAUGCAACCUGAAAGACUGGGAGCUGCAGGUACACUUCAAGAUCCAUGGUCAAGGGAAAAAGAACCUGAAUGGGGACGGCCUGGCAGUGUGGUACACAAAAGAACGCAUGCAGAAAGGGCCAGUGUUUGGGAAUAAGGAUUUUUUCACUGGGUUGGGCGUGUUUGUAGAUACCUACCCUAAUGAAGAAAAGCAUAUAGAGGCCCAGAAGAAAAGGUACACCCCUCGCACCCAGAGGAUCUUUCCAUAUGUUUUGGCGAUGGUGGGGAAUGGGACCAUAGGCUACGACCAUGAGCGAGAUGGCAGACCUACAGAACUGGGGGGCUGUAAUGCGAUGGUGCGAAACCUGAAACACGACACCUUCCUCUUCAUCAGAUACGUCCGCCGCAGACUGACGGUUAUGAUUGAUAUUGACGGUCAGCAUGAAUGGCGGGACUGCUUGGACAUCCCAGGUGUGCGUCUGCCUCAGGGCUACUACUUUGGUGCGUCUGCCAUCACUGGAGACCUCUCAGACAACCAUGACCUCAUUUCUAUGAAGCUGUACCAGCUGACAGUAUUACGGAGUAAGCAAGAGGAAGACGAGGAGGACGAGGUCACCAUUCCAAGUGUGGACAAUAUGGAGCUGCUCAUUAAAUACUACGAUGGAGAAGGGAUGAGCAGCAUCGCCAUCUUCUUCACCGUGCUCUUCUCCAUGCUGGGACUCUUCCUCCUCAUCGUCGUCGGACUGGUGGUCUACAGCCACUGGAACGAGAGCAGACGCAAGCGUUUCUACUGAGCACGUCGAAAUUACCUCUGUGAUCGCUACUGCAGCUACUGAAGACCUGUGGUUUAGAGACAAUGACUUCUGUGGACCUCUGUGGCCUGUACUGAUGGAGCCCACAGGCCCAUUCAGUGCCGCUGACUGAACCGCUGGGUUGUGAAGGUACAAGAAUAAUGUGAGACGAAGAAGGAAAGCCAUUGAAAAACAACCAUGAAGAACCUUUAAAGACUAAAAUCAAAGCAACAGAUGAUAAUGUGACUAUAUAAGUGACUAUAUGGAGUAUUUUGAGCCUGUUUGACUCCAAACCUGCAGGGCCUUAUAUAUGUCUGAGUAUUUCAACAUAAGAAAUCAUUGAUUUCCACUUUUUUUCUGUAAAUAUUCCAUUUCUUCUACUUCUACUGAGCUGUGAUGAUGAAGAAGCGGUUUGGUGCACUGCCUUUGAUAAGACUGCCGAAUGUGUCUUUUCCUCCAACCGAUCUACCAAACCCGUCCCAGUAUCAGCAUCCCCAUUUAAAGCUUGAAAUAUCCGUUCAAUUCCAUAUGCUUUUACUUUAGGUACAAUUCAGUGGGUCCUGAAACUCACUACAGAACUGACUGAAGAAGCUAUAAUGUUCUAUUUAUUGAGAUUUUAUGUCUCCCUACUUCUCUUAAGUAAUUAUUAUUGCUGUUGUGUUUUUAAAGCAGUGAAAGCAAUCCAUAGUUUUAUUACAUUGCUGCUCUUAUUGUCAUAAAGCACAGAUGCAUGAAACACUACUGAAACAUGUCUGGGUGUACUGACUGAAUACAAAUUUCAGUAUUCAUCAUAUCUGUUGUCAUUGCAUACAUUUUGCAUGUUGAAUGAACCUUACUGCCAGUUGGUGGCAUUAUUGUGCAAUUUUUCACUCUAGAAAAAAAUGCUUCAUUACUCUUA